GAUGUGAUUUGUAACUUUGUGAGAAGAGAAAUGUAUAAUCUUAUUUUGAUCUGCUCUCUGAUAAUCGGAUCUCUAUCAGUCGUGCCCUUCAAAAACAAAUCAGACAAGGGCAAUUAUCAGCUGAAAGCUAAAUCUUUAGAGGCCGCGUGGAGCCUAUUAAACAGAGUACCCGAGCUGAGCGAGAAGUGUACGAGUCCUACAAGCUCUUUAAAGCUUUUCUGUCACGGCAUCUCCAAGAAAGAUAGCGUUCAUUUGUUGCAACAAGAUGAGUUGUUAGAUUACAUCGAUGAAAUGGAAACCAUGGCAACAAGCACCAUUUCAAAGAUAACCGGCGGACGGAUUCUGAAGAGGUCAGCUCCCUGGAACCUGGACAGACUGAACCAGCAGAGCGGAGUUUUGGACGGGAGUUAUAAAGAUAACGCUGAUGUGGACGUUUACAUUCUCGGUUCGGGUAUAAAAGUAGACCACUCAGAGUUUGAGAGUAGAGCGAGUAACGGGUUCUCUGCGUACGGAGACAAAACGGACUGUGAGGGGUCAGGCACGGUACUAGCCUCACUAGUGGGAGGUCGCACAAUGGGGGUCGCAAGGAACGCUAGACUCAUCGGAGUCAAGAUUAUAGACUGUGAUGGGAACACUGAUGCAGCCAGCAUCCUCCGAGGAAUCUCUUAUAUCGAGGAGAGUAUAUUGAAGUCAGAUAGGCGUUCUGUGGUGCUAGCUGGCUUUACCAUUCACCGGGUUCAUAAAGACAUCAACUCUAAGAUAGUGAGCCUGACUGAGCUGAACUACGGCUCUAACUCUGGAGUGUUAGUGGUCGCUGGAGCUGGUGACGAUGAGGAUCUGGACUCUUGUCAUUCCACCCCCGCCUCCGCUCAGGGAGGAACAGCACUAAAUGGGGUAGUUACAGUGGGAGCUACAGAUGAAAACGACGCUACAGUCUCUAACAUUGGGGAGUGUGUGGACCUAUUCGCCCCCGGAGCUGAUAUUCCAGCUGCAGGUUUCACAGACACCACAGCUAAAUCCUCAUGCAGUGGUUCACUGUGUGCUGCUGCCCUGGCUGCUGGAGUUAUAGCUGAGAGUCUUAGGCAAAACAGCAAGGUGGACCUGGAAGUGCAGAAGUCAAUGUUAGUUAACGGCGCUACAAUAGUGCCCCUGACUCUCCCUACUGACAAUGGAGAGUUCAGACUGACUACUCUCAAGGCGCAAACUCCUCGCAAGCUGCUCUAUCACGCCUGCGGCUACUACAAGAACGAAACACCCCCCACUUGUGUGUCCUACACCUCUGCCUGUAACAACUCCAAAGUAACCACAUUUGAUGGCAACAAUGUGCCCCUAUUCCAACAAAAGGUAGAAAAGUGUGGCUUCCAUCUCUUCAAGUCAGAGGAUAAUGAUGUCAGUAUUGAAGGAUACUAUCAUAAGUGCACUUUGGGAGCGUACAGAAUCAAAUGGCAAGAUAACAUUGUCACUUUGCUGCCCGAGCCAGUCGUUAUUGUCAACAGCCACAAGAUGAUCAGAGAUGAGAUAGAUCACGAUAGUGCUGACAUGUCUAUUAAACACGUGCUACAGGACACGGAACCAAGGGAGCCGCUCGUUGUUAUAUCCCUAAAGAGGGGAGGCGAGGAGGAGAUCUCCGUAACAUUUGAUGGGACGAGCAGGUUGACAGUGACACUGGUCAAGUUUUCUAAAUACAGCGGGAGUACUGGGGGCCUGUGUGGGUUCUACGAUAAUGACGGUACAAACGACUACAAACUCCCGGACGGAAGCGAGCUAACCUCGUACAACACUCAGUACCACAAGGAGUGGAGCACCCACCCUGAGGAUGAGGAGUGUACACAGUGUGUGGAGAAGGGGUGUGAGUGUGAGGAUAGCCAGUGUCAGCAGGACGCGCAGGACUACUGCUCCAAACAGUUCCAGGGAGCCUCCAACGACUGUCUGAGAGGAGUAAAUGUUUACAAAGAAACCCAGGCUUGUAUCAGAGAAGUCUCCAAGUGCUGCUGUCAGGAGAAAGAUGGGGGUAACUCCUCACCGAAUCUCAGUGAGGUCUGCUGUCAGAACUCAUACCUUGGAAACUUCGAGAGGAACAGGGAUGGUUGCAGUUUCUGUAGUGAUCCCAAGUGUGAGAAAGAGGAGACACACCAAUACUGUGUGGACAAUGCUAACGGGCGGACUGUAUUCGACUACCUGGAGAGCGUGACCUACAGCCCCCAGGACUGCUGCUACUUCGUCCCCCAACAGGACACUCAGACCUGCACUGCUCCUAGAAACGAGGACAUGAUGUGGGACAGAUCAGUUCCUGCCUGUCAGGUAGAAAAGACUUGUAAGAGACCGGCUGUUCCUAACGACCAAACAAUCAUCUCUCCAGACAAGGAGUGGUACAACUGUGAGGAGAAGGUCACUGUCACCUGCACUACCUGCCACGAGAUCAACCCGGAACCUCAGGUGAUCCAGUGUAGACCAGGUAACGGAGACAAAGUGAACGAUGCAGGGUGGACUGAGGGGGUGGACGCCUGCAAAAGGACUAGAGUGUGGUGA